GCUGGAGUACGACGAGUGAUGACGUUUCCUCAUUGGGUGGAAGGUUCGGUGGCAGUCGUCCGUCUUCCAGCUGGUGGGAGUUGGCGUAGCUGUACUGGGCUCCGGGACCCUCCUUUGUAUAGUUUGGGAGGUCGGGCUGUGGGGUCGCACCUGUCUGUCUGAUCCCCGCUUUCCUCUGUUUCAUCCCACGUCGUGGGGCCUCGCGAAGGAAUCCCUGGCCCUUUUGGGCUACGGCGGUAGCGGUGCCUUUUGCGAUUUUCUUGUGAUCACAUCUUAAAGCCUUCAAGAUGGUACUAGCAGACCUUGGAAGAAAAAUAACAUCAGCGUUACGCUCAUUGAGCAAUGCCACCAUUAUCAAUGAAGAGGUAUUAAAUGCUAUGCUAAAAGAAGUAUGUACAGCAUUAUUGGAAGCAGAUGUUAAUAUUAAACUAGUGAAGCAACUAAGAGAAAAUGUAAAGUCUGCUAUUGAUCUUGAAGAGAUGGCAUCUGGUCUUAACAAAAGAAAAAUGAUUCAGCAUGCUGUAUUUAAAGAACUUGUGAAGCUUGUAGACCCUGGAGUUAAAGCAUGGACACCCACUAAAGGAAAACAGAACGUGAUCAUGUUUGUUGGAUUGCAAGGGAGUGGUAAAACAACAACAUGUUCAAAGCUAGCAUAUUAUUACCAGAGGAAAGGUUGGAAGACCUGUUUGAUAUGUGCAGACACAUUCAGAGCAGGGGCUUUUGACCAGUUAAAACAGAAUGCUACUAAAGCAAGAAUUCCAUUCUAUGGAAGCUAUACAGAAAUGGAUCCUGUUAUCAUUGCCUCGGAAGGAGUAGAGAAAUUCAAGAAUGAAAAUUUUGAAAUUAUUAUUGUUGAUACAAGUGGUCGUCAUAAGCAAGAAGACUCUUUGUUUGAAGAAAUGCUUCAAGUUGCUAAUGCUAUACAACCUGAUAACAUUGUUUAUGUGAUGGACGCCUCCAUUGGACAGGCUUGUGAAGCUCAGGCUAAGGCUUUUAAAGAUAAAGUAGAUGUUGCCUCAGUAAUAGUGACAAAACUUGAUGGCCAUGCAAAAGGAGGUGGUGCACUCAGUGCAGUUGCUGCCACAAAAAGUCCAAUUAUUUUCAUUGGUACAGGGGAACAUAUAGAUGACUUUGAACCUUUCAAAACCCAGCCUUUCAUCAGCAAACUUCUUGGUAUGGGUGACAUUGAAGGACUGAUAGAUAAAGUCAACGAGUUGAAGUUGGAUGACAAUGAAGCCCUUAUAGAGAAGUUGAAACAUGGUCAGUUUACGUUGCGAGACAUGUAUGAACAAUUUCAAAAUAUCAUGAAAAUGGGCCCCUUCAGUCAGAUCUUGGGGAUGAUCCCUGGUUUUGGCACAGAUUUUAUGAGCAAAGGAAAUGAACAGGAGUCAAUGGCAAGGCUAAAGAAAUUAAUGACGAUAAUGGAUAGUAUGAAUGAUCAAGAACUUGAUAGUACGGAUGGUGCCAAGGUUUUUAGUAAACAACCAGGAAGAAUCCAAAGAGUAGCAAGAGGAUCAGGUGUGUCAACAAGAGAUGUUCAAGAACUUUUGACACAAUAUACCAAAUUUGCACAGAUGGUAAAAAAGAUGGGAGGUAUCAAAGGACUUUUCAAAGGUGGUGACAUGUCUAAGAAUGUGAGCCAGUCACAGAUGGCAAAAUUGAAUCAACAAAUGGCCAAAAUGAUGGAUCCAAGAGUUCUUCAUCACAUGGGUGGUAUGGCAGGACUUCAGUCAAUGAUGAGGCAGUUUCAACAGGGCGCUGCUGGCAAUAUGAAAGGCAUGAUGGGAUUCAAUAAUAUGUAAAGAAGAUGCCUUAAUAUAAACUGACUCAGUUGAUUACAUUAUUUGCUGAGACCUCAGAGUUUCCCUCCUUUUUGCAAACAGGGAAAAAAAGUAUUUUUCUUGCCUGUUUUGCCCUUUUCCUUUCUCUUUUCACCUUUUUCCUCUUCCUUUCCUUUUUCCUCUUCCUUUUCUUUUUCCUCCUUCCUUCUUCCGUCUUCCCUCCUGCCUUCUCAAAUAAGGGAAGAAUGUAUGGUUUUUGUGGAAAUCAUUAUAUUUUUGCUUUAGAUUUUCUUCUGUUAGUUUUUGCCAUCGUAACACUUCUUAAGUUAAACAAAUCAUGAUGUAAAAUUUUAGUACUUAAAAAUUUUUAAUUGUUUUAAAGGCCAAGCAUUACAUUUGUAAACAGUCCUGGCCGGUAGUUACAAGAUGUCUCAAUAAAAGUGCUGUAAAAUAAACUUCAAAGUCAUUAUAAGUUAAGAGGUUGUUAACUUUCUUUAUGGUUUCAAAUUAUCAGUGUAUCACAUUAAAGGGCAGACAGAAAAACCAAUAGAACUAUGUCAUUUAAAACUAUCCCUAAAAGCAAGUAUACCUUUAACGGGAAAUACGGUAGAGUUAGUUAUCUAUUAGGGAUUUUUGUUUAAUUUAGAGUAACUAAGGUAAUGCUGCCAUAGAAAAUCUUAGCUCUGCCAUUUAAAUUGAAAUUGUGAAUUUGGUUACAGUUCACACAAUAUGUUUUGUAUAUAACUUGCAUUUUUUUACCUCAUAUUUUUGAAGCCUUAAUGGCAAUGCUUGAUUUUUUUUUUGAAAAGCCAAUUUUGUUCUGUUUCUUACAUACCAAAAAUCUGCUUGAAGAAAUUGAUAUGCUUUGAUGAUAAUAGAUAAUAUAUAGACAUCCUAAUGGAAAAAUAAUUGCAAAUAUUAGCCUAUUACUGUUAUAUAUUAAAAAUAAUGGGAACAUAACAAGGUUGAUUUGGUUGUUGGUUACUUUGGAUUGCUGCACAGUUCAUUUAGAACAAUGGCUUUUAAAUAAGUUAUGGAAUUAGUUAAAAAUACUAGAAUAAUUAUGCCUAUUAUUGACAUCGUAAUGAUAAAAGAAAUAGUGUAGCAGUGUAUUUUCAACUAGGAUGAACUUGCUGAUCUACAGCAAAGGAUUGAUUUGUAGUAGAUGGAGAGAGUGAAAGAAAUAGCUAGUUUUUAUAGUAUUUUUUAUGACUCAAGUGUUUUAAGAAGUUCUCAUAAAUCAAAGUAUCUUUAAAAAAUAAUUACAUGAAGAAUGCAACUGAUUUUCUUGUUUACUUGGGCAAAGAUGUUAUAUCCCACUAAGUUAUUUUCACCAGUUAAAAACUAGAAUAUUCUUAUAGGACAUUGUAUACCCUGUAAAAAUGAUGUAUCAUGUGUUCUGCAGAAAUGUCAUUGUAAGGUCCAGCGACAGAAAUUUGACAAUAGAGAAAAUAUUGUUCUUCAAAUUAGUUUCUUAUUAAAAUGCAUACCACCUUU